AUUCGAUUUGAUUUGUAAUCAACGAACGAACGUUUCACAUAAUCGUGAAUGCAUUACUGGCGGUUAUGGUUGUCAGUUCUUUGGAUUAGUGGCAGCAUUGAUCAAUUACAUUGCUGGUUAGCCAUGGCUAUGAUGAUAACACAACAAGAUAAUAAAGAAACAAUUGAAAAAAUUGAUAAUAUUCAUUCAAAAUUGAAUAAAUCAAAACAAAUGUGUCUUACGAAUGUACAUCGACAGAUUCAGUUGAAUAAUAAGAUUGCUACAUCAAUCAGACAAUGUUGUCAUCAUAUGCAUUUCAAUGAUUGUAUGGAGAAACAAUGUAUCAAUUAUAAUAAAGGUGCUAUCGAUAAAUCAAUAAUAGGUAAUUGUUCACAAAUAUUUCUUACAAUAACCGAUCCAAUAUGUUUACCUGUCGUACGACAACCUAAACAAUAUUGUGAUAUAAAUGUUGGUGUAUUUGGUCUAACAAUGAUCCAUUAUAGUAAUUGUCGUUUGCAAAUGGUCGAAUUUCUUCGAGAAUUUUAUGGUCCACCACAACAAUGGCUUUAUGGUGAUGAUGGUGGUGGUGGAGAUGUUAUUCAACAACAAUCAUUAUAUAAAAAACAAUGUUGUCUAACAUAUACUGCAUGUCAUUGUUUUGAACGACAAUUUAAACAAAAAUGUCAACAACGAUUGAUGAAACAAUUUCAAAAAUUAUCCGAUAAAAUGGCCGAUUAUCAUUGUCGUUGUCCAGGUUUAGAACAAAUCGAUCAUCAUCAACAACAACAAACAAAUGGUAGAAAAUCUUCUGAUCGACAAAAACAACAAAAAAAUUGUACAAAAAUAAUUGAAGAUGAAUGUCAAUGGAUGAUACCAGAAAAUCGUCGAUUGUUAUUGGAAUAUCAGAAUUUUCUUUCAUAUUCAAUAUUUAUUGCUAUUGUGACGAUCAUCACAACCAUAUUGUUUUGUACAUUCUGUUCAUCAUAUGGUAUCAUCGAUUUUUUCCUACGAAAACUUCAACCAAAACGAUGGCGAUUCGGUAAUGAUAAUUUGGCCGACUCACAACCAUUAUUUCGACGACCAAUCAUUGGUGGUGGUUUUAGAUUUCAAUUUAUUCCGAUUCCAUUAAUCAGAUAUCAAUCACCAUCUACAAGAAGUGGUGCUAGUCGUUAUAACGAUGAUUCACCAUCAUCAUCAUCAUCAUCAUCGUACAUUUCUUCUACACCGAGUUCCAGUAUAACAGCGAUUACCAAUUCACGUAUCAUUGAUUCUAAACGUAAAACAUUCGCACGAACUAGAUCGAUUCAAUCAAGUUUAGUAAGCAUUCGACGAUCACCAAUGUCAUCAUCAUCGUCAUCAUCAUCAUAUAGUUCUUCACCAUUCUCACCAAAAAUCAUAGGAAAUUUAAAACAUCGAAAAACUAUUGAUGGACGUACCACCAAAAAAACUAAACACCAUCAUCGUCAUCGAAAACGUAAAACAUUUUCUGUAUAAGCGAAAAAAAAAUUUCCCAAUAAUAUAAGAGAAAAUGAGGUGUAAUAUAUUUAUUAUUGUUUUGAUUUUAUUUUUAUUCUCAUCAUCAAA